AAUAUUUAAUAUUAUUUAAGCAAACAGCUUUAGAGCGCAAAUAAUUUGUAUAAUUGUAGUGUGUAAAAAGUGUAGCUAUAACUAAAUCUGACUCUGAAUAGUAAAGCUGCACGCCAAGCGUUUUUCGCCUGCAGUCUGCGACUCUCACUUUGGUCUAGACUCCAUAAACUCAUAAACUCCCACUAGCCAGUCAGUCGACAUAUUUUGGCAAGCGAUCUCGCUCUCUCUCUCUCUCUCUCUGUCUCUGCCUCUUUUAUAAUUUCGGCUAGCUGGCAGCUGGCUUGGCAGCUUGAACGAGCCGCGCUUACGGUUUUGUCUAGCAGUCGGUUUUGAAACAACAAUGCAGGCGGACGCGUUAGUCGCUAGUCGGUAGCUAAAACUACGUUUAAAAGCGCGCUCGCAGUUCGUAGUUCGACAACAAAGAUUACAGCAACAAAAACACGAAACGGAAGUGAAAAAAAUUCGCAAUUUUCACACAACAUUUUUGCAUUUUCCGUCCGUUAGGCUCGCAAUUGUCUGAGCACCACAAAAGGUGCGCGCCUCUGUCUCUGCCGCUGUCUCUAUCUCAGCUCGCGGGAUUAGACAUGUAGUUGGGUCAAACUGUCAGUCAGUCAGUCAGUUAGUCAGUCAGUCAGUCAGUCGGGCAGUCAGUUGGCCAGUUGGUCGGCCGGCGAUUGGCUCAGCUACGUUUAUGUAAAUGUGUGAGAGCAUUGUUGUGUUUUGGAAAUGAAAUUAGAAAUUGAAAAUGUCUCAUUAGCGAAUUGGCAUCAUCCGUGGAUAUGGCUGCAAACGGUCUUCAAAUCGAUUCCACCCAAUCUGAUGGUGCGAUGGCGCAACAACACUGAUGCCAUGGUCGAAGCUCAGUACCCGACAGCUGGUGAAUUCGAAUACAUGGAGUGUGGACCGUCGCCGCCGGCGGAGAGCGCGCCGAGCAUGUACGACAGCUUUGAGGAGCCAACCAGCGAGCUGAGCGUGCAGAUCUGCAACGACACGCUGCGGAUUAGUCUGAUCGAUCAGAUGAAGAGCGCAGCGGGCAGAGUGCGACUGCUGGAGGAUAUUGAGCAUAGCAAUGUCGUCGUCGAGAGCAUUGCCGCCCACUUUGAGAGCGCCUCGAAGCUGGAGAAGAAUCUCUGCUACCUAUGGGCAGCCUUCCUCAAGCGCUGGGAUCUGCUCGAGGCGCUGCUCGAGGCGGGCGCCGAUCUGCACUUUUGCGAUCAGAACGGCAUCUCGGCCUUGCAUCUGGGCGCCUUCAGCGGCUGCCUGGCCACGCUGGGCCUGCUGGUGGCCAAGGGCAUCAACGUCAAUCUCCAGCCCAAGUGCUAUACGCCGCUGCAUUGCGCAGCCUUUGGCAAUGCCGCCGAGGCGGCCAAGUUUCUCAUCAACAGCGGUGCGCUGGUCACCAAGGACACCAACAAGCCCAAUUGCGAGGAGAGUCUGCUGCACUGCGCCGUGCGCGCCAAUGCGCUGGAAUGCCUGCAGCUGUUCAUCAGCGAGGGCGUCGAUGUCAACUCGCUGAAGCCCAAUGGCACCAAUGCCAUACACCUGGCGGCGGAUUUGGGGCAUCUGCAGUGCCUGGAGGCGCUGCUGAACGCGCCCAAUGCGGACGCCAAUGUGCGCAUCUGCAUACGCGAAAAGGAGUCCACGGCGCUGCAUUUGGCCGCCGACGAGGGCAAUGUGGAGUGCGUGGACUUGUUGCUGGCCAAGGGCGCCGAUGCCAAGUUGAAGAAUCAUCGCGGCUUUACGCCAUUGCAUCUGGCAGCGCGCACCUCCAGCCUGGAGGUGGUGGAGUCGCUGCUGCGGAACGGCAAUGCGGAUGCCAAUGCUGAGGACUUUGAUCAUCGCACGCCGCUGCACGCGGCGGUGGGCAAAUCAGAGAAUGCCUACGACAUAAUGGAGACACUCAUUCAGUGGGGCGCCAAUGUGAACCACAAGGAUAUCUAUGGCUUUACUGCGCUGCACUUGGCCGCGCUGGACGGACUGGUGCAGUGCGUGGAGAUGCUUAUUUUCCAUGGCGCCGAUGUGACCACCAAGUCCAAAAAGGGCACCUCUGCGCUGAAUGUCAUCACUCGCAAGACGCCAGCGUCGGUGGCCAUGAUCAGGCAGAAGCUGGACGCAGCAAUCACGCUGCAUCACUCACAGGAUCCCGUAAAUCGUGAGGUGGAGCUGGAGCUGGACUUUCGUCAGCUGUUGCAGCAUUGCCAUCCACGCGAAAUCAGCUACCUGAACACGUUUGUGGACGAAGGGCAGAAGGAGAUACUGGAGCAUCCGCUCUGCUCCUCGUUUCUCUACAUCAAGUGGGGCAAGAUACGCAAAUACUACAUUGGACGCCUGAUCUUCUGCUUCAGCUUUGUGCUCUUCCUCACGCUCUACGUGCUCACGGCGUUGGCCCACAACUGUUACAAUGGCAGCAAGGACGACAACACGACCAUUCAGGCGCAGGAGCUGUGCCAGAAGCAGUCCAUACUGGGCGAUAUGCUGCGCAACAAUCCCUUCGUUAUGGAGAUGCAGUGGUGGGUGCUGGUGGCCAUUACCAUAGUGGAAAUAUUUCGCAAGCUCUACGGCAUCACGGGCUACAGUUCGUUUCGACAUUAUGUGACGCAGGUGGAGAACAUUAUGGAAUGGUUUGUCAUCACCAGCGUGUUUGUCAUCUCGUACAUCUAUACGAAGCAGACGUACACGUUCCAGAAUCACAUAGGCGCCUUUGCCGUGCUGCUGGGCUGGACCAAUCUGAUGCUAAUGAUUGGCCAGCUGCCCGUCUUCGAUGUCUAUGUGGCCAUGUAUACGCGCGUGCAGGGCGAGUUCGCAAAGCUCUUUAUGGCCUAUUCCUGCAUGCUAAUUGGCUUCACCAUCAGCUUUUGCGUUAUAUUCCCCUCCUCGUCGUCGUUUGCCAAUCCCUUUAUGGGUUUCAUCACGGUGUUGGUAAUGAUGAUAGGCGAGCAGGAUUUGUCGCUGCUGAUCAACGAUCCCGACGGCAAGGAUCCACCCUUUCUGCUCGAAGUGAGCGCACAAAUCACCUUUGUGCUCUUUCUGCUCUUCGUCACCAUUAUUUUGAUGAAUCUAUUGGUGGGCAUAGCAGUGCACGAUAUACAAGGACUCAAGAAGACGGCGGGGCUGUCCAAGCUGGUGCGCCAGACCAAGCUAAUCAGCUACAUUGAGUCGGCGCUGUUCAAUGGUUACUUGCCCACGUGGCUGCGUAAUCUGCUGCAUUAUACGGCGUUAGUUUCGCCGCAGGCCUAUCGCGUGGUGCUCUGCGUCAAGCCGCUGAAUCCGAGCGAGAAACGCCUGCCGCGUGAUAUACUAAUGAAAGCCUAUGAGGUGGGCAAGAUGCGCAAGCAAUUUGGCCACACCAUCUCCUCGAAGAAUCCAGCCGAGAACUACUUGUCGUACAAGAAUAAAUAUAAUCACAACAAUGGCUGCGUGAGUGCCACGUAUGUAUUGCCCGAUCCCGAUCCGGAAGCUACACAGUUUAAUACGCUGACCAGUAAGAUUGAUGACAAUGCUGAUCGCAUUGAGUUCCUCACUCAGGAGAUACAAGAGCUGAAGCAGGCGCUCAUAUCGCAGCAGCAGCAGGCAAGCAAAGUGAUUGACAAGCUGCUCAUUGUUAUCUCCAAUCAACAGAAGCAGCAGCUGCGCAAAUAGCGCCCUCUACAGUCAGUUAUUAUCUACAUGCAUACAUAUACUAUACACACAUACAUAUUCAUAUACAUAUAUAUAGAACACACCAUUUGCUACACACUUAGUUCGAAUUUCUUAGACCUUAACCCUUAUGCUUCUGGUGUUUGUGCAUAGCGACCCCAAAGCCCCGAAAACAUUGUUGAUAUUAUGUAUUUGUUAGUUAGGCAAUUAUCGAUAGCCAUACCAUAUCUAUACCAAUAUAUAUAUAUAUAUAUACUAUAUACUAUACUAUACUAUACUAUAUGCAUAACUAGCUGUUAGACUAAAUUUGUAAGCAACAGUUGAUAGGUUUGUUUUUGCGUCUGUGUUUGGUUUUUUAGGCUGUGUCUUUUUUUGGCGUUGUCAAUCGAGAAGCGUUUAAAUAAUAAUUUACCUACGAGUGCUUUAUGUUUUAAAAUAAACUAUUCAUGUACCUAUAUAGCUAGUACUUUACUAUGCCAAAAACUAACCAA